AUGGCGGAACUGGGUGAGAAGCCGGUGGCGAAACCGUUUCCUGGAGCAGGGAAGGCGGGUGUGCCAAAUGGAGCUGGAGCGGCGUCUGGUUUCAAGCAAAAGAACUACAUUUUGCCGUCUGGUACUCCAAUUGUUCGGAUUAAUUUGACAAGACAGGACGGCAUUGAUGGAUAUGGCCCGAAAAGUGGUAUGCCGCCUGGAUCAGUGACGGGUACUGCAUCUGCAUCAAAUGAAACUGUUCAUUUUUUCAACACACCUCGACCACGACCACAGUUCGCGUCAGGUGCAGGCACUUGGAGUUCACCAGCAGGCCGUGGGUGGAGCGGUGUACCACCUCCACCGCCUACUCGGUAUCCGAUGCCUGUUCCGCCACCCCCGCCACCAAUGUCACUUGGACUUGGUUUUAUGCCCCCUCCUCCGCCACCCCCUCCUGCACCAACGCCAAAAAUGGAUUUGUCUAGCCUCUUGGCUCCGCCAGCCCCACCACCACCACCACCAUCAUAA